GGUCGAUUGCGAGCACAGCGUUAUAACAGUUCAUAAACGACUUUGCGGCAGUUUUGACGUCGAACUUUCUACUCUUGACAGAUCAUCUCAAAAUUUGGAGGGCAAUCAAACUAGCAGACGACCAAGUACCACUGUAAGGUGAUCUCGACAUGGCUUACGGAUGAUCGACAAAGAACAAGCUUGAAUUUAACUCUGUCAACUACAAAAUAACGAGCAUACGCCUUUAGAGCACCUACAAAUAUCGACUGGAAGAACACAUCCUGCAUUACGCCUCCAUUGAAAGCGAUCUAGUGGUGAUGGUGCAAGACUAUCUAGGAGGCUCAAAGCAGGCUAAAAUGGCAAUGAAAAAAGCCAGUUAAUACUUGGCCUACUGUGGAGAACGUUUGACCUAUUUGAUUCUACUUUCUUUUGACAAAUGCUCAACGCUUAUAUGAGACUACACAUCGAUUACGCCAUUCAGGUAUGUCACCCCUGGCAAAAACAUGACGUCACUUCUUUUGAGAAGUCACCAGGGAGGGCGACAAAAAUGUGAAGGGAUGGCUCCCCCUCCCUUAACAGUGUAAACCAGACUUUAGGAGUUUCAGCAGACAAUAUCGUCUUCUGCAGGGUGAUCUCAUAUUUGUGUAUCAGCUCCUCCAGGAUUCUAACCACCCAUGCCGAUCAUUAUUGAAAAGUCACAACACCUCACUGCGAGGCCACCAGUUGAAUUUGGCGACACAGAAUAACCGGGCAGAAUGUCACCGUAACUUUUUCUUCUUUCGUGUGUCAUAGCCAUGGAACUUACUUACACAUUUUGUCUUAUCUGCUACCACGCUAUCCGAACUCAAACUCGACUUUUUGAUGCAUUGCACCACCUGUAUUAUACGAUUUAACCCAAGUUUCUGGGACAGGUGACCACGUAACCAAACAAUGUGCACACGUGAAAUUUGCGGUAAGUCCACCGUUACGCGUUCUUUUGUUUUGACACACAAAAUUUUGAUCUCACUCUUUGCCUGCGGAAAACGGUUAGGCGUUUGUUUUUAUUUCCGUGUUAAAUCCAUUGUUCCAUACCCCCGAAUGUUCAUUUAAACAGCCUAUCAAGUUGCAAAUACUAGAUUUGGUGAUUAGAUUAAGAAGUGUUUCUCAGUUUUACCAACUGAAAUUAGUCUGCACACCAUGGUCUAUCGUCGGUUGCGAGCCAACCUCAUUAUGAAAAACCACAUAUUCCAUCUCGGUGAGUUCUCCAUACUGAAGUCUCUACUCUGCCUAGGUUAUCAUGUACCACACGCGAACACUGGUAGCAAUUUUUUCAUUGCCGGAUCUGAAGCCAGUCGCACCCACUGUUUUGAGUAAUGAGUGAUAUAUGUUUAGAGCAGACUACCAGAACUCAGCUGAAGAGCAACUCUGAUUUGCAGUUCGAAAUCUUCCGGAAGCAUAUAUCGUGAAAUCUCAGUCAAAGGGCGUUUAUAUACAAGUGUGAUUCCUUUAGAAAUGUGUUAUAUGGUACCGUAAUUUCACUCGAAAACAUGUGGGGCAUCUAAUAUAUUCACCAACGGUCGAUUGCUUCCAAUGCUUUCGAUCAGUGCUCGAUGGAGUUCUGCAGGCUUUGUUUCUUUCUGCUUCAAAAAUACCGUUAUCCAUUAGUUCGAUCAGAACCUGUACUCCGAUAAGAUUAUCCACAAUUGACAUCCAUGCUUCUGUGCGUUUUGACGGGUGCACACGUAACAUUUGAACUGGUCCAGUUGCGCGUUGAAACCGUUCCCACUCUUCCACUGUUUUUGUUUUAGAUCUCGGCGUAACUACUGACGCGCCCACACUCAGUUUACGGAGUCACUCGCUGUACACUGUAGUGGUCGAUCCACUGGACAACAACCGUAUCGUGUACACCAGUCCGUCGUUGGCCGAAGUGGCGGGCAUUGACUGGAUCACUCUCCUUGGAGCACCAAUAGAACAUCUUGUCCAAUCUGUCAUUCCCCCUCCUCGAGCCCACAGUACUGUGGGCACCAUCGGGCUCAAUUCAAAGCGAAAGUCCAAUUUAUCGACGGUUCAUCGUUCUGAUGACAUGUGGUACUGUGGACACUCCCGCAUAAACCGUUGCUCCGGAAAAAAUAUUCAAGCGAAUGAAUUCAUCUGUUUGCAUACGCCGACAUCAUCCAGGCAGGCGCACUACUCCCUUUUAGAUGAAGAAAAGGGAGCCACGGGAGUCAGGGACAAGAAAAGCUCCAGAGUAGAAAUUACGGUUUCACCUGAGUUGUAUGGUGCUGCGGUUUGUCCGGCCGAGACCACAGCGAAAUUCUACUGUUGGGCGUCGAUGAUGCUUCACCCUUUGACUGAAUUCUCAGUAUCCCAAUCAAGGAGCCUCCAUGCAAACCCCGCGAGUCCCCUAGAAAAUGAGAGUCAUGGAACCACGUUAGCUCCUAUCGCAUGGCUGCUCUUACAUCCAGUUCCCCUUACAUACUCGACGCCGCUGAUACUGAACGAAGAUCUUUCUAUUCCUUUCUUCUCCGACAACUCUAUUUCGGUUGGACCCUCAAUAGAACAAAAGCGAACCAAACAAACCCGAAAAGGAGCGUCGAAAAAUGGCAACCCAAGGCACAAGAAGACAAGAGAAAACGACAAACCACAUGAGUUUAUUAACGAUGUCACCUUGGAACUGGUUUCAGAGAUCCUGAAUCCAUCAUCAAUUGCCCAUCAGGAGGUCAUGCAACCAGAAUCAAAUCCUUGUUCCUCUUCAAUUUUGAGCUGCUCCACUAGCUUAGACAAUCUACUGGUGAUUCAGGAUGCUAAUGGAAACGUGUCUGAGUGUUUCGGACAGGAAGAGGAGUGCGGCCUGAUCGGAUGGUCUUUUCUGUCAUUUAUCCAUUUGGAUGAUUUGGAAACCCUCGUCAAUCUUUUUUCCCAAGCGAACAUGGAAAAACCAAUGUUCUGGACUCCCUUGUACCGGGUGUCCGUGAACAAAAGUAACACACCUUUGAGACGAUAUCGAUGGAUCCGGAGCCUCAUUUGCUGCACAGGAUGCGCCGGCCAACUGAAAUGCUGGCAUCAACAAGUUGGAUGUGAAUCUUCGAGUCUGACGUAUCUUACCAACCUCGACCACGAAAUGGUUGCGGCAAAGCCUAUCUCACCAACCCAACACCCCUCUUCGAUAUCUACCGAGGCACCGAUAUUAUCUCCGUUUGCCUCCAACUCUCUCUUUACCAACGUGCUCACUUCCACAACCAGAGGGUCGGGCCCCGCACCCUUGAUUUCUUUAUUCCAUCCAUCCAAGAAAUGGCGUGUCGUUCGACAGAACGAACUGAAAUUCCACAAGCUGGAGUUGAAAUCAGACCCUACCUUGCUCCCCGGUCAAUUCAUGCAGCUUCCGCCCAACACAAGACAUGUGGGGCCAUCCGUGGUUGCAUGGCGACCCAGUAUUGUUAAAACGUCCUCAUCGGCAUCCCAUCGUCAAAGGGUCAUUGGACUCGGUUGGAAACCAGCUGACAGCAAACCAGCCCUAUUAUUUCCAACGGAGGAAUCUAAACACCGUCCAUACAGCGAGAAACAAGACAUGCGUAUUGCAGCAAAUUCAGCCACAGUAGCACUUGACUACUGGGGCCCUCUGUGGGAAUGGGAAAAUGAACGCUCAUCUUUGUGCACUCCGGAGACCGCUCUCUCAGACUCAUCCAGAGGAUCAAGCACUUCCAAUUGCUCCAGCCUACGCGAAUCAAGUGAUUUUUCUCGCCUUCCAAUAAUUCUGACUUCACCCACCAUGGACGAUCUUGCUUAUGAGGGAUUCGCGUCACUGAUGGUCAACGGGUUGGGUGACGAAGGCAACCCUGAAGACAAAAUGUUCUCUCAGCUGGUCAGCAACGGAUCGGACGAUACGGAUGUCUGGUUGACGUCCGAGCUCCAACUGUGGAGUCCCGGUGAACAACUUUUACAUGAGACACGGGAUCAUCGAUGAACAGAAUCCAUACGGCGUCCUAUGUAAGUCGGAUCUUGAACGAUGCUCAACACGAAUGCCCCUUGAACAUGGAGGCUUAGAAGAACCAAACUUCAUUUUUUCUCAUUCUCUUCUAUUAGGCAUACUAUUUGCAAUGUCCCAUAUUUCCAAGCUCGAUACAAUGACACGCCACUCAUGCCUCGCAUCAUGUGGGGAGGAUCUAUCUCAACUGCCUUGGGAUUAACCUAUGAGCUCGUUAACGGUUUCGUCAGUGUUUGAUUCAACGCAUUUUUCUACCUAGCAGUUACACACCCCUGUCGUAAACCCCACAUUUUGGAACUUUCUAUAUAUGUAGGGCACCCCAUAGAUCACCUUUGACGAUCUUAUGCUUACUUUAUUUCCGUUCCAUAGCGUGCCAACACCAUCAUGUGAUAUCAAAUACACCCUGGUUGCCUUUCACAAUGU